AAAAAAGUAUUGACAAUCAUCUACUGUCGGAUGACACUGGUGGAUCUGGGGGCCCAUCCCCCCCCCCUUGGGUGGGCCCAGAAAAAAAUUGAGCCCAAAGAACAUUUUGGGCCAAAAAAGUGGGGCUUUUUGGUUAUUACUCCCCCAAACAUCCCCCCUUGUUGGUUCCCAGAUCGGCCCCUGGAUGAAGAUGUCAGAAAUUCCUAUUUCCGAGAAAUAAAUGAUGAAUCUGCAAUCCUUACACACAAUGUACAACAAUACUUCCCUGCUAUCAGCUUUAGUGUAAGGCUAAUGACCCUAUUGAUGAUAAUGUUGAUAUAUAGGAUGAUGUCUAAGACGUACUUAGAUGAUAUUAACUAUAGCCAUAUAGAUGAGUAGAGACAUUAAGGAGAUGACUGGAUACUUCAUACGCUAAUCCUAUAACAUAAAGACCACUUUAUGGAACAACUAUAGAAACAUAUUAGUGAAUAAGGUCAUUGGGGAAAGGGCAAACUCUCGCAAGGAAACCUCUGGAAAUGUUGAUGUCAGUGGGGAAUAUUUUGAAAAAUCAUGUUUUCAAGUAUUGCCUUCUAGAUUUUUU